AUGGAGCUGAGCCUGGAGAGCCUGGGGGGCCUGCACGGCGUGGCCCACGCGCAGGCGGGCGAGCUGCUGAGCCCGGGCCACGCGCGCUCGGCGGCGGCGCAGCACCGCGGCCUGGUGGCGGCCGGGCGCCCGGGCCUGGUGGCCGGCAUGGCGAGCCUGCUGGACGGCGGCGGCGGCGGCGGCGGCGGCGGGGGCGGGGGUGCGGGCGGCACGGGCGGCGCGAGUGGCGGCGCCGACUUCCGCGGGGAGCUGGCCGGCCCGCUGCACCCGGCCAUGGGCAUGGCCUGUGAGGCGCCCGGCCUGGGCGGCACCUACACGACGCUCACGCCCCUGCAGCACCUGCCGCCUCUCGCGGCCGUGGCCGACAAGUUCCACCAGCACGCAGCGGCCGCGGCGGUGGCCGGGGCGCACGGCGGUCACCCCCACGCACACCCGCACCCGGCGGCCGCGCCGCCCCCGCCGCCCCCGCCGCAGCGCCUGGCUGCCAGCGUGAGCGGCAGCUUCACCCUCAUGCGCGACGAGCGCGCGGCGCUCGCCUCCGUGGGCCACCUCUACGGGCCUUAUGGCAAGGAGCUGCCCGCCAUGGGGUCGCCGCUGUCGCCUCUGCCGAACGCGCUGCCGCCCGCGCUGCACGGCGCGCCGCAGCCCCCGCCGCCGCCGCCGCCGCCGCCGCCGCUGGCCGCCUACGGCGCGCCGGGCCACCUGGCCGGGGACAAGCUGCUGCCGCCCGCCGCCUUCGAACCGCACGCCGCGCUGCUGGGGCGCGCCGAAGACGCGCUGGGUCGCGGGCUGCCCGGAGGCGGCGGCGGCGGCGGCGGGGCGGGCGCGGCGGCCGAGGAGAUCAACACCAAGGAGGUGGCGCAGCGCAUCACUGCCGAGCUGAAGCGCUACAGCAUCCCGCAGGCCAUUUUCGCGCAGCGCAUCCUGUGCCGCUCCCAGGGCACGCUCUCCGACCUGCUGCGCAACCCCAAGCCGUGGAGCAAGCUCAAGUCGGGCCGGGAGACCUUCCGCAGGAUGUGGAAGUGGCUGCAGGAACCCGAGUUCCAGCGCAUGUCGGCGCUGCGCCUAGCAGCGUGCAAGCGCAAGGAGCAGGAGCAGCAGAAGGAGCGCGCGCUCCAGCCCAAGAAGCAGCGCCUGGUGUUCACCGACCUGCAGCGGCGCACGCUCAUCGCCAUCUUCAAGGAGAACAAGCGGCCGUCCAAGGAGAUGCAGGUCACCAUCUCGCAGCAGCUCGGCCUGGAGCUCAACACCGUCAGCAACUUCUUCAUGAACGCGCGGCGCCGCUGCAUGAACCGCUGGGCCGAGGAGCCGGGCGCCGCCCCCGCGGGCCCCGCCGGCGCCGCCGCCACUUUCUCCAAGGCCUGA